AUUACUAUCACCUAAGAACUUAAAAAAAGAAAUCUCGCACUAACAAACCAGGAAUUCAUCGAGACACCACAAGCACUUACCGGGAUAGGCAACUUAUACCGGAGAUAAUAGUUCAAGUGCCGAGCAGGAAUCUUCCUAAAGAUAAUAUCAUGGUUAACGGAAAGAUCCUUGUUAUCGCUGGAAGCGAUUCAAGUGGUGGUGCUGGUCUCGAGGCAGAUCAGAAAGUAAUUGCAGCUCAUGGCUGUUAUGCUAUGACCGCCACAACGGCCUUGACUGCUCAGAAUACUACUGGUGUUGAUGACAUACAUCAUAUACCCCCUGAGUUUGUGAGGAAACAGAUCGAUGCUGUCUUCAAGGAUAUUCCUCCGGAUGUCGUAAAGACUGGGAUGUUGGCGUCUCCGCAGACUAUUGAGAUGGUGGCUCGAGCAUUGAAGGAUUAUAAAGUCGAGACAUUGGUGUUGGACCCUGUCAUGGUCGCAACCACGGGUGCCCAAUUAUUACCUUCGAAAGCUGUGACUGAGUUACGAGCUCUGUUGCUCCCGCAGACUUUCAUUCUCACACCUAACAUUCCCGAGGCGAAGCUCUUACUUUCGGAGGCUGGUAAGGGUGCUGUCGAAAUUCAACAUGUCGAGGACCUAGAAGUAAUCGCCCGGAAAGUCCUAGAACUGGGACCUAAGUGGGUUCUCAUCAAAGGCGGACAUGUACCUUUUAAGAAGGACGGCUCGGUGGCUACGACUCCUCAAGAAAGAGAGCUAGUCGUCGAUCUUCUGUUUGGAGAAGGGCAGGCUACAAGGAUCGAGAGCCCUUAUAUAGAUUCGAAGAAUACACAUGGAACGGGAUGCUCACUUGCUUCUGCCAUCGCCUCGAACCUCUCUAAGGGGUUGAAGCCUGUGAAUGCAGUCAGAGCUGCCUGUCGAUAUGUCGAGGCAGGCAUCAGAUCCGCACCGGGAUAUGGGAGUGGAAAUGGGCCUCUCAACCAUUUCCAUUCCGUUCAAGUCCUUCCUUUUGCUCCUGGACGCUUUAUAGAAUAUCUUCUCGAGCGACCCGACGUGUCCCCAGUAUGGCGGUGCUUCAUUGAACAUCCGUUCGUUCUUGGCCUCGGAAACGGGGAAUUACCCCUCCAAUCGUUCAAGGGUUAUUUGGUACAAGAUUAUUUAUACCUGGUUCACUUUGCGAGAGCGAACGCAUUGGCUUCCUACAAAUCUAAGAGUAUGGAAGAUAUCGCAGCGGGUGCUAAAAUUGUGUCGCACAUUCACACGGAGAUGCAACUCCAUAUUGAUUACUGCAAGGAAUUCGGUAUAUCUAUAGAGGAGAUAAAUGCAACCGAGGAGCAUCAAGCAUGUACGGCGUAUACGAGAUAUGUAUUGGAUAUUGGGCAAUCGGAGGAUUGGCUCGGUCUUCAGGUAGCUCUUGCCCCGUGCCUACUCGGCUACGGAGCUCUCGCAAGGCAGCUCCACGCCGAUCCGAGGACGAAAACGGAAGGCAACACCUACUGGAAAUGGAUAUUGAAUUACGUCGCCGAUGAUUACGUGCAGGCGGUGCAGACUGGAUCAGCUCUCAUAGAGAAAAACGCUCUUCUACAAUCUCCAUCGAGGAUAGAAGAGUUCGUCAAAAUCUUCAUACAUGCUACAAAGAUGGAAAUCGGAUUUUGGGAGAUGUUCCCUUCGGCUUAGAGUAAUACGGAGCUUUUGUGAUCGGAUUUGUGCUAGAAAGACUGUGGGAAUAUGAUAGAAGGAAAUUUCGGGCAUCCGACGGGGGGUUAGAUGGACAGUAUUAGAUGGAUAACAAAGAGAAAAUAUCGCGUAUUCGAACUAUGUGGAAUCAGUAAGAGUAUAUGCUUUUUUGAGGAGAUUAAUUCGUUGAAAUAUUGCCAUCAAUCUAAUGGUAUUUUGCUUUUUACUGUAUGUACAGUGUCGAGAUACUUAGGUACAUACCACCUGCUUGAGACACAGUGAGGCGUGCCUGGCCUAAAGAAACUAUCAGCUGUCGCCGAUUGGCAGGUCCAGUGCUAUCGGAUGACACUAACCAGAAUAGGUGCCGUGGCGACGGGCUUGAGGCGGAAAAAGGCGUGUGCACGGACCAAGGAAGCAGCGUUGUUGGGCCUAGACUGUCACUUCCCUGGAG